UAAAUAGGUACGCUUAAUCCCAGCUACAGCAUAUUGUUACGAAUUUAACUAUGGCUUAAUGGCAGGAAAAAUGAAAGAAAAUUCAAAAUAUAGCGACGAUUCUCUUUCAUCCUUAAACGAAUCAACUGGGUCAUUAAACAGAUCGUACAAUGAUAUUUCUGAACACGAAAAUGGUAUAUACGUCAUAGUAAGAUCUCGGCCAUUAAGCACCAAAGAAAAUAGAGCAAGUGAACCAUCAAUUGUAUCGUUUCCGGGAAAUGGACGUAUUUUGGUGGAAGGAUUUCAAACAAUCGGUGGAUCUAAUGGCCCUAAAUCUAAACUUUUCUCUUUCAAUGUCGUAUUUGAACCGGCAGCCACGCAAGAGGACAUAUUUCAAUAUUCAGGCAUCAAGAAACUCAUCGAGAUGGCGGCCGAAGGUUUUAACACCACUUGCUUUUGUUACGGACAAACCGGAAGUGGUAAAACUCACACACUUACGGGGCCACCAGGAAUGUUUUUCAACAAGCGCAUUGAACCUUUUUCAGCAGAUCAUGGUCUAGUAUUUCGUUCGUUUAUGUACCUAUUUCGAUUGGUACAACAACGACAAGAUCUUCAUUUCGUACUCAAAGCCUCAUUUCUAGAAAUUUACAAUGAAAAGGUGAUAGAUUUAUUAAAUCCAGGAACUGUCAGAAAACCAUUAGACGUGAGAUGGUCCAGGAAAGCCCGUAACUUUUAUGUCGAUAAUUUGUUUAUGGUGGACUGUGAAGAAUUAGAUGACCUACAAGCUGUGUUAGAAGAAGGUAUGAAAAACAGAACAGUAGGAAGCCAUAAUAUGAACGAUUGCUCCAGUAGGAGUCAUACGAUGUUGACAGUGUAUAUUACAUCUGAACAACAAAUAUCUGAAGACGGAGUUUUUAUCACGAAACAAGGCAAAAUUAAUUUUGUUGAUUUGGCUGGCAGUGAAAUGACUAAAAAAACUAUGAGUGAAGGGAAAACUUUAGAAGAAGCAAAUAAUAUCAACAAAAGCUUAAUGGUUCUAGGCUACUGCAUAGCAUCGCUGAGUGAUCCUAAGAAGCGGAAAGGACACAUACCGUACCGAGACAGUAAACUUACCAAACUUCUGUCUGAUAGUUUAGCCGGUACAGGUGUCACGUUAAUGAUAGCAUGCGUAUCACCAGCAAGAUCAAAUGCUAGUGAGACGAUAAGCACGUUAAGGUAUGCGGCUCGUGCAAAAAAAAUCAAAACUAAACCCGUGAUAGUUAUGGACCCCAGAGAAGCAUUAAUCGUCAGUUUGCGGCGCGAGGUGGAGGCGCUGCAGAACGAAAACGAUCAUUUGCGGAAGGCUUUGGAUAUUAACAAGACGUCAUCGGCUAGCAUUUCGAAUGUAAAAAUGCCGCCCAAUAUGGACAUGGACCGGUUAAUACAAAUGGACCCCAAGGAGCUUGUGGAUCUGGUCAAACAUUACGCGAAUGAAAACGAGGCGCUACGCAGAGAAAACGCCGAACUAUUCAACUCCAGGGACCUAUUACAGAGAGACCACGAAAUUGUUUGUAGGGAGAACGAACGGCUGCUGAAGAAACUCGAAGACGUCAACUCGGCAUGUAUAAGGUCUCCAAUAAUUCCGGCGCGUGGCCAAUAUAUUGACAAAACAGAAACGGCCUCGACAAACAGCUCUUCGAACACUCAAAUUAUCCAAAUGGAAAAUAAUAAAUUGGGAAGAGAAAAAAGGGAUUUACCUAUGACCUAUCAAAGAGAAAUAGACAAAAAAGGGAUCGGAAAUACUAUAAAUAAUUUCGUGGGCUCUUUCAAUAACCGAAGAAAAACAUCAUCAGAUAGUUGUAAAGCACCAUCAAAACCGACUUCAACUAAAAGAUCACCACCAAUGGUUGACCGCAUACAGUCUUCGUCGUUGGUUGGCGGACCUUACAACAAAUUCGAUGAUGGGCUCAACUCGGCGGCCUCGACGCUCGCGUCCAUCGUCAGCCGGCAAGCGUUCGACAUACCGCGGAUGGACAGAGGCAGCGUAGGUGACGACAUCGGCAGUGCGGGUGACCGACGAAGCGCCGGUGGCCGAUUUUCUCUGCCGGACAUCGUAGGACCCGGUGACGGCAUCGACAGUGGCAAGCGAGAGCGGCUGGACAGCGUUGGAAUUGGCAUGCGAGCGCGACGGGACAGCGUCGGAAGUGGCGUGCGCACGCGGCGGGACGACACACAAGCAAGAGGCCGUGACCCGUUCGGAAGUCCGGUGACGCCGCAGACGUACAACGGACUCAGGUACCAUGCUGGUAAUACUCGGGUUGCCGCUGUCGCCGCCGCCGUCAAAACAGCCGCUGCGUCCGGUUGAAAGAAAGGCACCGCAGGAAAUCGCGUGGACUUCACGGAUGUCCCAUCAUUUCAGCGUAAACUAUUGAUCGUAAUAAAAAUGUACCGAAAAAAUAUUUAUAACAACUAAUACUCAUAUAGUAGCUAUCUAUUUUGAUAAUGAUAGGAACAUAAUGUAAAAUUAAUAAAAAAAGGUGGUAAAGGGCCCCCUCCCCCCAAGAUUGUCAAAAAAUAAUUUUAAAUAUUCUUAUACAUUUUGAAACAAUACACUUUCUUUUUUUGUGUACGCAAACAGAGGAAUAUCUAAAGUAGUAAAGUAUCAUGCUAUAUCAUGCUAUGUAAAUGUGUACACAAGUCAAAUGCACGUCAAACUAAUUGCUGAUAUAUGUUAAAUUAUUACUUUAUUAGAGACCACCACCCUCCUCCCCGUUCAAAAUCCUCCACUGUAAAUGAUGCAAAGUAUAUAAAAUGUAGAUAAGGUAUUUAUCAACUGUAAAUGUUGGUUCAAGUAUCGCAGUGUUAUAAUUGCAUAGAUCAGUAACGAGUUAUAAAUUAAAAUGAUGUUAAUACAUUAACUGGAUUUAAUUUGUUACUUAUUUUUGGAAAUAAUUUUUUAACCAAACAAGUUACUUUUUUACUGUAGGUAGGUACAUGACGUGAUGUUAACUUCAAGUCUAGGACUGUUUUAAUCUGAAAAUGUACAAUAAUUUUAUUCAUUAGGUGCCAGUUUGCAUUUAUCAUAAACUCGUGUAUCAUAAUAUAUUUAGAUAGUAUUAUAAAAUAAAUGAUAGUUCAAGAAGAUACAUUUCUUAUUGGAUAUAAUAAUAUAAAGAAUCCCAUGUGCUAAAAUAAGAAAGACCAAAUCACAAAAGUACAACUUUAUAUGGUUCAAAAAUGACUAGUUGGUUCAACUUUAGAUUCCUCCUAUUGGAUGAGUGAAGGGAAAUUUGCCAGAGAAUCAAACACCCUACUCAUUCAUUCCUCUUAAACACUCACACUAUUAGGCUUCGAGCUUGGAAAAUAUUUAAAUUAUUUUUAUUCGGUAGGUCUUUUAGCAUCUAAUUAGGUACCUAAUGAUAUACUAUUUUUGUUAUACAAAUUAUAAAUCGUAAAAUUUUAUUUUUUAACAAAAUCAGUUUUUAUCCAUUAAUUUUUAACUUCCAGAAGUUGAAAAAAAAUAUUUGGAAUAUUACUUGUACCAUAAAUUACUUUUUUCCAUAUACGAGUUAUAACAAAUCGUGAACUUGUCCAACCUUAAAAUCGUAUGCAUACCUACCAUUAUACAUUGGUUCUUAUAUCAAUGUUAAGUAGGUAUUAUUUUCUAUCCACGUUAAACUGAGUUCAGUUAUGAUUCAAUUCGAAAAAUUCUGCACCCAUAUGAUCACUUUUUAGAAUUGGAGGUGCUCCAACAUUUGUGAAAAUAUAUUAUAAUAGGUGUGUAAGCCAUAAGGCUACGUAAUUACGUAGGUAAUAGAAGGACAAAGGAGUACCUAAAUCCUUGGCUCGAUAUUUGUUAAUCGACACAAGCGCAUUUAUAGAAUUUUUUACUUCGUUUGUCAAAUGUAUUUUGUUACAUUCCAUACUAGCAGUAACAUUGGUAGAACCCAUAUUGUAUUAACAUGCAUAUUAUAAUCAAAAAUUAAUGUUCAAAACGAAAAAUAAACCAGGGAAAAAAAAUUUUCAUUUAAUAAUUUGUCGAUAUAUUAAUUGAUUAUCUUCAUAAAAUAUUCGAUCGAUUGAUUAUCUUCAUAAAAUAUUCGAUCGAUUGAUUAUCUUCAUAAAAUAUUCGAUCGAUUUAUUAUAUUUCCUAAAAAUCACCGACUACAUAUUAUAUUAAUAUAAAAAUUAUUGAACUCGUAUAGGAAUAUAAUUAGAUAUUCUAGAACUUGAAUUUUCUACUUUACUCUAAUACCAUACUAUAGUGGAUUAUAAAUAACAUGUAAUAAUAUUAUGAUAGUUCCCUAUCACGUCGCGUGUUUUAUUAUUCAAUAAAUAAUAAUAAUAUAUACUAUCCUGACUAGUGACUCCUAACACCUAUUAUUUUUUAAUAUGUGACAUUUUAUUCGAAAUUUUUUCAAUCGUAAUCAAAAGUAAUAUCGUUAUUUUUAACUAUAAGUUAUUUUGUCCAGACGCUCACUUUAAGCUGUGUACCUCCCCUGGGCCCUGACCAAACUUUACUUAAAUAUUUAAUAUUAAGUUUAUAUAUUUUUUAACACGUCAAGUUUUCUAUUGUUUACUGUUAAUUAUUAUACUACAUACUAUAAACAUUAUUCUAGAAUAACCCGAAUCUUCCUCUCUAUACAUAUACCUAUAUAAUAUUAUGUAUUAAUGUACUAUACCAACAUAGUAUAUAAUAUCUCUUCAUAAUAUUAUGUAAAAUAUUAUUUAUAAUAUAAAUCGUUCUUCUGUAAACAAAUCACUUUUGUACUGUUGUUAUUUUAUUAUUAUUAUAUUGUU